UUGUUAGUUUGCUUAACGCCGCCGCCGGCCGUGGAAUUAGACGGUGUGCGGUGGUUUUAAUGGGCUCCUGCCGGGCAUAAUUUGUUGGAGGUUAAUGGAGGGACCCACUGUGGUGCCAGCGCGUGCCGUGCAUUUGCUCGGUCUCGGUGUAUUUUUAUCGCCCAUCUGUGUGUCGAGCACGGGGAAGAUGUUUUCGCAGCGGAGAUAAAUCUUAUCGUGAUUGUACUCAGACGCCGGUCUGUCCGUUCACGCUGCAGCACGCACGGUGCUGGCGGCCCGGCAGUGUGAGGCAGUGUGAUGCUGAUUUCCCCACAUUCCGUAGUUUCGACGUUACACCGCGCAUCUUUUACAUCCUUUUAACCUUUGCACCGUCAUUUCUUUACACUUAUGCAAGCUCUAUGCAACUGUGGUUUUACUCUCCUAUUCUUCCGAAAGCGCAGACUGUCCAGGUAAAAGGUUUUAUUCUUUCUCGCCUCGCUUAGAAUGUGUUUUCUCCUGGAAACAUUUCACCAGAGUGUAAGUGAACCUUGACUGGGCGUUGAUCGCUUUUUAUAACGCCAAGGGUCGAACAGUAUAACGGUCGUUAAAAAACCUUUAAAAAAAUUAAUCAUGAACAGCCUUAUCGAAUCCCACUUCGAUUUAUCCGUUCACAUUAUGUUGCUGCCGACCAAUUCCAUCUUCAUUACCAACACUACCAUCGCCGUCCACCAGCCGCAAUGGACCAUCCAACUAGCAUUCCACAGUGUUGUCCUCGUCCUGUCGCUGCUCUUCAACACGGUCGUCUUGUUGGAUUUCAUCCGCAUUCCGGCACGCGUUACCGCCUUCACUGUGUACCUAGUUGCUCUCCUCAUCAGCAACAUUCUGUAUCUGUCCGCGGUGACGCUGCCGGAAUUCUCCACGCAGCUGUACGGGUACUGGUUAUUCGGUUACUCCAUGUGCCGGCUGCAUAAUUACUGUAAAGUGGUGUGGUCCGGCAUCCAGACCAUGAUGCAUCUGACCAUUGCGGUCAAUCGGUUGUGGGCCAUUUCCUCUCCGAUGAAUUAUAAGUUACAUCAUACGCGCAGAAUGGCGCUGGUGGUGUGCGGUGUGGGAGUGGUGCUGGCGCACGCCGGUGGACUGCCCAGCGUCAUCAUGGAUGCGAUGUGGGCGGCGUCUGCCAAGUGGAUGCGCGUAUGCCCCUUGAAUUUUGCGAUGUUACCGUUCGGCGUGAUCCUCUUGGACUGGAGCGCGCUGCACGCGGUCCCCACUGGCUUCAUCUUGGCCACAUAUCUCUUCGUCAUAAGUAAUCGCAUCAAAAAUCGCGGCCUCCACCACCUCCACGCCGAACAGCGCGCGCCGCUGUCCAAAGCCGCCUCCGGCAGCGGGACACGCCCACGUCGCAAGGACGCCGUGCGCCCGUCCAUGAUUCUCUCCUUGACUGUGGCCAGUAUCUGUGUGUGCUGGGUGCCGGCCCUCAUCAUCUUCACCACAGCAUGGGUAUCAUGGAUUCCGGCGGGAGUGUCGCAGACGUACUUUGUGGUGGCCGUAGCCAUGUACUCAAUGCAGGCGCUGUUUGACCCGCUGCUGUUUGCGUUCUGCCUGUAUCUGGAGCAGUUCCGUCGCUACUGGGCGUCGCGAGCGCUGGAACGCGAACAGGGCACGGCGAUCUCGCGGUCCCUGCUGUCGGUCUAUGAGACGCCAGGGGAAAUGAACGGGCGCAGUGAGAAGCGAUAGCUGGCGCUGCAAGCAUCGUCGCAGUACACCUAAGUCUUUUGAAUUCGCUUCUUUUUCUCAGAGAUUGGUGAUAGGCUGUUCAGGAAUUGUGUCUAAGGUUUCUGAUGAAAAUCGAAAGUUGUUUGCUUGAUAAUCAUAAGGCAAAUGUUCAGUAGACUCGUCAGACGCUUUUUGUCAUAUAUAGUUCCACAAAAGCGAAUAUGUUUUUACUGCUAUGAUACUAUCUUUUCGUUUUUCGGUGCUGGCUAGUGUUGUUAGUUAGCAGAUUUGAUAGAUUGAACUUGUUUAACUAUUUUGCCGAUUCAGUUUUGUAUGGAUGCACCAACAGUGUUCGCAUGUUUACCCAUCGAAGCACUACCCUAGAAAUCCCUGCUGACAGGCUAGGCCUGUUUUUCAUACAUUGCGGUUAGGCAAGCAUAAGAAUAUUAAUAUUUUAAUACCCAC